CACGGCCUCGGUCACUCAUUGGACAGAAUGAAACCAGGAGCUGAGCCACCGCCCACUUCCAUCCAGCUUUCCCCGCAACACAAAACGGCCCCUUCCUCUGAUGGUUGUGAACUCUUGAGACUGCAGCUGACUCAUUUAUCCUUGAUACCUUCCAUACGCUCCGUCCCAACACAUUCAACGCUCAUUAUCAAUUGCCUAACCAAGCAUUCCACGCCUACUGGUCAUGUUCAAGUUGACAAUCAAUGGCGAACCAUACUUCGAUGUCGCUGGAAGCAGUCCAUGACACCAGACUUCCAGCAACUGUCGAGGCGAAUGUCACCAUUCACCGCGUAACAACAGUACGACAAGGCAACCCAUCAUGGUGGCAAGAACGAUGGGUGCGGCAUGAUAACAACAUUCUUGGACACGGAGGAUGCGGUCUGGUAUGGUUAGAAAAGAAAGAAAAGAUCCUCGAAGCGGAGGAAGACAAAUGGAGAGCGGUGAAAGCCAUUCGAGUAGCUGACAGCAAGAGCACCAACGAAGGCGUCCGCUACGUCCGUGAGUUGGAAGCGUUGAAAAGAUUCUCUCAACCGAAGUAUGCCGAUUUCUUUGUUGAGUUCUUUGGAUGGUACGAAAUCCCAAAUUACCUCUGCAUCGCCAUGGAGUAUUGCGAGCAUGGCGACUUGAGGAAGUAUCUUCAAACGGUCAAAACCAUGCCCGAAGACGAGGUGAAGGUGGUUGCUUCCCAAGUAUUGGGUGCUCUGGAAAUGAUGCACGAGGCAGGGUAUACUCAUAGAGAUGUGAAGCCCGCGAACAUUCUCAUCAAAUCCAAGCCGCCGCAGAGAUGGUGGGUCAAGGUGUGCGACUUGGGCCUGAGCAAACGUGCUGAGGACAUAGCUGGCGCUUCUACGACUGUAAGGGGCACGCCCGGCUUUCUGGCACCGGAAGUGUUGGACUGCGAUCCCAGCACAGGGCAAAGAGACUCUUUUCCCAUCGACAUGUGGUGUUUUGGCGAGACGGUUUACCAAAUGUUGACCGGAGAGCCAGUCUUCAAAACCCUGGCAGCUCUUUUUCAUUACCGGGCUGGCAGCAUCGAAUUCCCGGAUCAGGCUUUCCAACGAGUCAACGCCAGUCCAGAAGCCCGUCACUUCGUACGAUCAUUGAUGCUUGCGCAUCCUCCUCUUCGUCGCACGGCCACCGCGCAUCCGAUAUAUGGCGCCCAAGGUCAUCCUUGGAUGGCAAUCAAACCCGUAGAAAAUCUGGUGAUCAAGUCGCGGUCGGCAGUCUCGUACGAAACAGCCACCGCGUGGCCUCCCCCACUUCCUCAAGACGGGGAUCAAAUCACGGGAGUCUCUGGGAAAUGGACGCAAACAGUGGAGAUCGCAAAAGACUCCAUGGCACAUGCCAUAGGCUCUUUCGGAGAUCAGUCCGAAUCUCAACUUCCUUCGAUUUACCCUGCCCUCCCAGGACUUGGCCAGCUAUAUCACCCUUAUCUACAAUAUGCAUACAGCAACUCCACACUCAAUCCGUUCUACUACUUUCUGUCACCUAGCAAUUACUAUGCUGCUCAAUAUCUCAACGCAAUGAUCAAUACGAUGUCAAGUGGCGGCUACAAGUUACCUGCAGUAUCUUUGCGCAGAUCAGUUCUGCCAAAGCGAGUCAAGGCUCUCUUUCCAAGAAACGUGGCCCGCUCAAAACCAGCAGAAGUAGUCAAAAGGGAAUUCAAGGAAGCGAUCACCAAAGCGGCCAGCAAGGUGACAGACAACAGGCUUCAACCAAAGGAUACAAAUCUCGACGCCCAAGAGUCGAUAAAGCAACAUAUCGAGGCGGCAGAUCAGCAUUCUGACUCGAAUGGGAACUCCCAACCGCUCGUAGGCCAGUCAACAUAUCAGCAGCCUGGGCUCAGUGCCGAGACUCGAUUUUCCGUCAAUAAAGAAAACAAGAACCUUGCGGAGGAUUUCACGCCGACUAUUCCUGUCCCGUCUGAGAUGGCCGAGCUCUUCAGUCGCGGGAAGCCACCAAAGUCCAAUCCAUCAGGCACGGCAGGGGCAGAGGAUCAUGACUCGUUGCGUGACGAAACGGAAGAAAGUUGGACAGUUGUUACGUCAAGGCGAAAGCAUUCUGGACCAGCAAAGAGGCGACCAGCACCCCCGUCUCCAUCGACUCAUGCUAGAGCCUUGCCGGCUCGCAAGAGCACACCGACUCCAAAUUCUGAUGUACUAACAACUCAAGUCUUGCCAGUUAUGGCACGUCGACCGGCCCCGCGACUACCACAAGCAAUCAUUGGCAGACAAUCUUGGGCCGAGGUAGUUGCUACAGAGGGUGGGGAGCCUGAGUGA